AACAUUUGGUGUGAUUUAAGUACAGAUAUUUAUCGAAAAUGUAAUUUAACGAGUAAAAGUGUGACUAUCUAGCUAUUUUCAAGAAACUAGAUGCAAUGUCAGCUAAAACUAUUUGUGCUAUACAAGAUGGACCGGUCAACGCUCUUGCACUUAAUAAAGACAAUAACCAAGUUGUCAUUGCCGGACGCAAUGUUUUCAAAGUAUUCACCAUUGAAGAGAAUGAAUUUGUUGAAGCUAUAAACCUGAGGGUUGGAAAAAACCUUAACUUAAAUUUUUCUUGCAAUGAUGUGGCUUGGAGUUCCCAUGAAGACCACAUCCUGGCGACGGCAGCCACUAACGGAGCCGUGGUGGUGUGGAGUCUCAUCAGAACGUCUCGGUGUAAGCAAGAUCAUGUGUUCCUGGACCACAAACGCACGGUCAACAAGGUCAGUUUCCACACAGUGGAGCCGUUCUAUCUUAUCUCUGGGUCUCAGGAUGGAACCAUGAAAACCUUCGACCUCCGCACCAAGGAAGCAACUAGGACGUUCUUUAGCAACACAGAGAGUGUGAGGGACGUACAAUUCUCACCUCACGCGCCUCACAUGUUUGCCUCGGUGUCAGAGAAUGGCACGGUGCAGCAGUGGGACCUGCGCCGGCCAGACAAGUGUCACCAGCAGUUCACGGCGCACAGUGGCCCGGUGUUUGCUUGUGACUGGCACCCAGAACAUCCCUGGCUGGCAACGGCUUCUCGCGACAAGACCAUCAAGGUGUGGGACAUGACAAAUAAGCCGACGUUGGAACACACAAUCAAUACAAUCGCUUCAGUGGGCAGAGUCAAGUGGCGGCCGCAGCGCAAAUACCACCUGGCCUCAGUGGCACUGGUAGUGGACAGUAGUGUCAACGUGUGGGACGUCCGAAGGCCUUACAUACCCUUUGCUGCGUUCAAUGAACAUAAUGACAUUGCUACUGGCAUUGCAUGGCGUGGUGACCCCCACGUGCUGCUUACUACGGGCCGGGACAGCACACUGUACCAACAUGUGUUCAAAGACGCAGUCCGACCAGCAGAGAAGGCCAAUCCAGCUGGGAUAUCCUUCAACAGCAUAGGAGACCUGGCGGUCGCCUGCAAGUCCAGCGUGGUCAACAACAAGACUAACAAAGUGUCCAGUUUACUCAGACGAGCACCAGUGACAAGUGAAGACUUCUGCCAGGCUAACAGUUGGCUGCAUUGGUACAACAAACGUCACAACAAUGAGGUCAAGUGGCUGCUGGGCUGUGCGCAGGGCUACCAACUGAGUGGCAAACCUCUAGCUGAGCUGUGUGACCACAACGCCAACGUCGCUCGUCAGUUUGGCCGUUUUAGUGUGAGCCUAGUUUGGAGCAUGAUCAAGACACUGUACAUGCCUCGUACAAGCGAUUACCAACUGCAGACUCCCUUAAGAGAGGAGCAGAAUGUGAGAGAUAGUGGUGGAGGGGAGGAGGAGGGGCAUGAUAGUGGAGGGGGAACUACCAGUGUGGACGAUGUCAAUGAACCAGACAGCGAAGAUAUAAAGGACAAGAAGACUCGCAAGUUGCGGCUUGAAGACUUAAAACCCAAUUCCCAUUCUUUGGGCGAUUUCUUCUUCGGUGAUGGGGAAAUGGACCCUUUGAGCAUGGACUUUGAGCGAGGAAACAACAUCGGACUGACUGUGGACUCUGUUGUGACGGAUUGGACGUUGCCUAUCGAGGCAUUUCCCCUCCGUCAUGAGAUAAAGGAUCGGUCGCCUCCGCCAGAACAGUUCCCCAACAGUGAGUCACCGGAGCCUGUGGAAGGAAGUCUGUGGAAAAACUGCUUAAUAAGACGAUCUUCUCUAUCAGACACCACGAUUCUGAGUGGUGAAGAACCUUCGACGGCCCUGCUGACUGUCAACUGCCUGGUGCGACCAGUAGCGUGGGAGCCUGGUACUGUGGUGGGGGAAGCCUUGACACAUCAUGCGGCACGCGGCGACGUCCAGACAUCUGUAUCGGUCCUGUUGGUGCUGGGAGAGAGACGGAAGACUCUAGAACACUGUCUAGAUGAGACGACACAGGAACACUGGUUGUUGGCUUAUAUAGACCUGCUGUCACGCUACAAGCUGUGGAACAUCUGUACACAGGUUAUCCAGCUGUCUUGGGUGCCGUCAGUAAGUCAGCUCAACCAGCAGUCCACUACGGUUUACACAGCAUGCACACAAUGUCACAAACCUCUGUUGAGGAGUGGCUGGUUGUGUGACCGUUGUCACUCGGCCACUUGUGGUGUAUGCAGUGUUUGUAAUCAGGUUGUACGUGGUCUGUACGUGUGGUGUCAGGGUUGUGAGCAUGGUGGUCAUGUCUCACAUCUACAGCAAUGGUUCUCUGACAACCGUGUAUGUCCUACUGGCUGUGGUCAUGUCUGUGAGUUCUCGUAGUCUUAUCUACAUUCUACCACCUUGUCUUACUGUAUACGACUAUAUCUGAUUCCUUUUAAACCAAAGUUUCUUUUAAUUUAUUUUAUUUAUUUCUGUUGUUGAUGACAAUAUCACAGGCCACACAAUCAGUUAAGACAAAAAUGGGUUUUUAAAGUUAAAUCUUGGGAGUAUUCAGUUUUGAUUUUGUAAUAAAUCAAUUAAAUUGAUAAUCUUAAAACCAAGUAAUAUGUUGAGAGAUUGAAGACAAGUAUGUUUUGUUCCCAGCAAUUAAAAAUACCCAUGGAACUGGGACUAUGUCAGAAUAUAUGGAUAACAGUUUCUUCAUAAAUUACUAGUUUGGAAUUUUAAACUAAUUUUUGAAAGAAAUAACACUGUACACAUAUGAAUACUGUACAUAUAGUUUAUUUUAUUUACAGUAGGCUUAUAAAAAUUUUAACAUACUGUAUUUUGUUUAAAAAAAACUGUGAUGCAGCAAAAAUCGAAAGUAAAAAUAGUGAAAUACACAUUUUUUAAUUGAUGAAUAAAAGAGCUUGAUUGUUAAUCAAAGUUCACUGUCCAAAGCUGAAGUCAAAUUGAAGUAAAAAUAUAAAGAACUUAGGGUCUGUAGAAUAAAAGAAUUGAAAUAAUAUCCCACAAAAGUUGCCAAUACUUUUAGUACUACAACAUAUCUGUGGAUGGUCAAGUGUUUCUUUCUGUGUUACUCUCUGUAGGUACAAUAGUUGAGUUUGAGCAUUGCCUUCAUUUGUCAACCAAUAAAAAAAGGUAUUUUUCGCUACACUACUGUGAAAUCACUUGUUUUCGUCAUAUGAUUAUCACAUCAUUACGCUGUUUACCAUGUGAAAAUAAUGUUAACUAAUUACUGCUAUGAGUUUUGUAAUCUACACAACUGUAAUCAUCGUAGUUUUCAUUACUAGUUUCGAAAGUGACUUAUUACGGGGAGAGAUUGCAUUUACAUGGAAAAAGUUAUCGAGCCCCGAAAUUGCACUUUUAAGACGAGUAUUGAAAAUUUUUUUUCAUUACGAUAUUGAAUAACAUUGUAAACAACAUGAAUAUUUUUGUUAAUUCAAAAAAACCGAACUCUAACGCUGAGUUUCCGUGCUUAUGUCAAGGUACAUACGGACGGAAACUCAGCGUUAUGAGUUAUUACCAAAAUGCAAUAGCAAAUAAUGCAACAGCUGAUCAGUCUGCACAGCAAAAUCCCAUAACGGUUACUUUCCGUGCACCACAAAUGCUUAACAUUAUAUAAUUUUUCCGUGCAGUAGCGGAAAUAACCUAUUUUCUUUGUUCAUUUAUGUUUAGAAAAUGUACUUUCGUGUGUAGGGUAAUUGAAAAAUAUUCAAUGUUUGUUUUAGAUCAGAAAAAAUUAUCUUCGUAGUGUAGUGAAAAGUAACGUUCAAAACAUGAGUGAAAGUGGAUCUAUACAUAUUCUUGACCAUAUUAUUUUAAGUGCUCGAUUUGAUAUAUGUAAUGACUCACUUUUUACCCUGUUUAUGAAAUAUGUUAUUUGGCUGUGCUAUUUUUUUCUCUUGUACAAAGACAGUCAAUAAAAAGUAAUUGCAUAAAACAUUUCAUUUGGUCCAAAAUAUUCGCUUUAUUCCUAAAUUUCCAUUGUUUUACAUGGAUGGAAACAAAAACUUAUCUCAUUUCACUUUGAUACAUUUUGAUGGGAUUACUUGUUCUUAAACUUUGUGUUUUCUAUUACUGUUCAUCUCAAGGUUAUACUUGACCAGAUUAAAUUAUUUCCUAUUGUUGUUCUCAAUCCAAGUCAUCGUCCAGUAUUAAGUUUAUUUUUUGUCAAAUCUUAGCCAGGACUCUAAACUAAGUGACCUUAACAAGUUGAAUUUUUUACAUUUUCAGCCCAGUUGUGUUAAUUUUCCUAAACUAAACCACACGAUUUAAAAAAAAUUCAUUUUAUGGAAACAAUAACCAAUUUUAUUUGGGACGUAUCCUGAGA